AUGGCAGAGCUUUCCAAGUUUGCCGAAGAGAUUAUGGUGGAAAUCCUGUCAAGGCUCCCUCCAAAAUCUCUGAUGCGAUUCAAGUGCGUCCGUAAAUCCUGGCAAUGUUUGAUCAAUAACUCCGACUUCGCAGCCAGACACCUCUCCAUUACCAAGAACAACAAACAUCCAUCCUCCAUUACAAUAGCUUUCACCCGUCGUGUCCUUGAAGACAUCAACUCUAGCAAGAAGAGAAUUUUAUUGUCGUUAUUCGAUGUUUCCCAUUGUAAUGAUGGUGAUGAUGAACUUGAUCCUAUUGUCGAGGAUAUCCACAGUCCGGUAUCUGCCGGUUUGGUAGAUUGGCAACGUUUCCGUGUAAAUAUUUCAACUCACUGUGAUGGAAUACUAUGUCUAACUGAUGGUGGAAAAUACAUUGUUUUAUGCAAUCCAGCAAUCAAGGAGUUCAAGCUUUUGCCCGUGCCUUCUUCGAAUUCUAUUUCAUAUGGUGAGGGAUUUGGUUAUGAUCUCAAAUCGAAAGAUUACAAAGUUGUUCGAAUUUUAUCUAAUGGGCGGGAAGAGUAUAUGGAUGGUAUGCAUAAGCGUGUUGUUAUUCGUCCUCCCACAGUAGAAGUAUACAGCCUCCUUACAAAUUCUUGGAAAGAAAUCAAGAUUGAUAAUUUAAUAACGAAAACUACGAUCUAUUGGCCCCAGUCAUAUGUUUCCGUAUACCACAAGGGUAUUCUUUAUUGGUGUGGACAUGAAGAACUCCGACGAAAGAAUUUCAUUGUCAGCGACUAUUCAGAAGAUGAAGAGGAUGAUGAAGGUGAGAUGAAAGAUAGCAUUAUUUCGUUUGAUAUAGGGGACGAGGCAUUUUAUGUUAUAUCGUUCCCAGGUGAUUGUCGUUUAUAUGGUUGUGGGCUUGGAUUAUGGAAAGAAUCAAUUGCUCUUUGUACUUCUGGUCCUUGGAGUCCUGAUCCAUCAACGAAGGAGACUCUGGAGAUAUGGUUGAUGGAUGACCUUGGUGGUGGUGAGGGUUCUUGGACAAAGUACUUGACCUUUGAGCCGGUAGUAGCUCACAUUAUAGGUCAAUUAGGAUUAUUUUGGGACAAUAAGCAAUUAGUUGCUAUUUUCAAGACCAACUGUGCAGUAAUCUUUUAUGAAGUUUGUACCAACAAGUUUAAAUGUCUUCCUCUGAACACCGAGAUUCUGGAUUACUCUCAAGCUGUUGAAUGUACGAGAAGUAUAGUUUCCAUCAAAUGA